GUUCGACUCUUUGUUUAGAGCAAUGUGGCUUCUAGUUGAAAAAUGAGCGAUCCUUGUUUUUUUUGGGAUAACGUUUCGAUCUUGCUCGCGCAUUGGCCAUUUGUGAUCUGAACGGGUUCUCAGAUCUGACCAUGUCACAGCUAGAGUACGUACGGAACGGAGACCAAGGGCAAUGUACUUGGUACAACUUAGUAUGAAUACUUUUCAAGAGCCUCAAGUUGAUGUGUUAUUAAGAUUGAAUUAUCCUUAUGUUGCACUGACAGCUUUGUGGUUAUAUGAUUACAUACUGUGCAUACCCGACGCACUCGAGUUUAUCGCCGGGUCUCAAUGGGGGCUCGGCACGUUUUUCUAUCUAGCUUGCAGUCACUUGCCCUUUGCCUUCGUGUCACUGAAUAUGCUCGCGGUUUUUCAACAUGAUACCCCAUUCCAUCUUUGCCGCUCUUAUGCAAUGGCCAAUUACUGGACAGUAUUGAUGUUAUCCGCUGAGUGUAUUUUCAUACUCAGAGGUUUCGCGGCAUGGGAACGGGUUACGUGGCUCGCUGUAUUUGCAAUCGUCAGCAUCAUUGGCUAUCUAGUACCAAUUUUCUUUUACAUUGGGAAAUUAUGGUCAGACUUUGGAGAAUGCUGGAUUCCUGGCACUAUUGGAUAUCUGAAUGCGAAUGAAAGGGCAAAGCUAUAUAUUGUUUAUGGCUUGUUGGUUGCUGCUGAGCUAGAAAUCUUUUUUUUCCUACUCUAUCGCGCCGUCAAGAGUCAUGGUGGUUGGAAAACCGAAAACCGUCUCAUGCGUGGUCUCUUGCAACAAAAUCUACUCUAUUUCGGCUGCAGCUUUGCUUUGACUCUCGGCAUCUUCCUCACAAUUCUUUUUUUUCCAUUUGCACACCUGCUGGCAGAAUACCAAGUCAUUCUGCAAGCCUUCCUAGUUACACGAAUGCACAGGGAUUUCCGAAGGUUGAACCUUGCUCCUGGUGGCAUCCACACAGACAUGUCUUCCAUAACGUAUGCGACAAGAGUCCCAGAUAUCACAUAAUGAGACAAUGCUACUUGGAAUAUGCCAACCCUUAAAUUAUGAAUCAUGUGACCAUUGCGCAGUCUUCCGUAUACUUAGACGAGGCUAAGAAAUGGAAGAUGGAACUUUGCUGGGAAUCAACCGGGCAC